CGUGCCGCACAGCUGGGGCUUCCUGCGGCCGGGGCCGCGCCGGGCCCGCCCGCGCCUCCGCUCCGACACUGACACUGACACCGACACCGGCACCGAUACCGGAAUCGACACCGGCACCGACACCGGCCCGCCAUGGCGCACUCGGCGCCGCUCGGCCUCCUGGAGCAGGGCUGCCCCAUCCAGGUGGAGCACGACCGCAAGCGGCGGCAGUUCACUGUGCGGCUCAACGGUUGCCAUGACAAGGCUGUGCUGCUCUACGAGUACGUGGGGAAGCGGAUCGUGGACCUGCAGCACACGGAGGUGCCGGAUGCCUAUCGAGGGAGAGGAAUUGCCAAGCACCUGGCAAAGGCAGCCCUGGAUUUUGUGGUGGAGGAGGACCUGAAGGCGCACCUGACGUGCUGGUACAUUCAGAAAUACGUCAAGGAGAACCCUCUGCCGCAGUACCUGGAACACUUGCAGCCUUAAGGCAGGACUGCUCCCUCACCAGCACACCUGGCCCUGACUGUUCAAGGCGGCCUUGGCUUCUCUGCAGUCUCAGGAACCCCUUCCCACACUGGCAAUUCCCGGUUUUUUUUAGCGUGUCCAUGCGGUGCGUGAGUGUGGGCACCACCUCCUCCUCCUCUCUGCCCACGUGUGAGCAUGGCCACAGCCCCUGGGCCAGGCUGCCUCUGGGCACACAGGGUGCCCACCAGUGCUUUUCCCAAGCCAGGGGAUAGAAGAGGGUGAAUUUUCCACCAAACUCCAUCACAAGGGCAGGGCGUGACUUGUUCUGCUCCUCAUCCUCUCCCCCCUGCUUGGCAACAGCUCUGAACUUGCUGGGGGAUGUUGGUUAAGGCUGGUCAUGGGGUACCAGCCCCUCUUUCCUCCUGGCAGCUGGGGAUAUGCUGUGGAUUCAGCUUUGUGGGACAGAGGGAGGUUCUGGAGGAGCCCCAGCCCUGUGUCAGGCUCAUCCCCUGCGGCACCUGGUGGGCACCAAGCCGUGCCAAGGCCACAUGCAGUACCUACCAGAACAUGUGGACCAUGGUGGCACCUCGGGGGCUUUGCUGCCCUGGCUGUGGAGACACUGGGAUGGUGACACCUUUGAGCCUAGAGACAAGAGCCGUGUGAGGAGUGGACUUGGACUGCAGAGGCUGUGGCAGAGUCUGUGCAGAGGAAGAAAUGUGGCUGAGUUGCAGAUGCUGCUCCCUGGAGAUGCCAGCUCCUGCCCAGCUUCUGUACACAACCCUGAAGCGGCAUCCCAGAGGGUCAUGGACUGUUAUUCCUGUCUCCCUGCCCUUGGUGUGGACACAGCCUGCUCAGGAGAAGAGACCAGCCUCACAGCCAGCCUUGGCCUGAGAGGUGAGGGACAUCCCAGGGCACCAGGGUGAUUUCCUGCAGCUGAAGAGGAAGGCUCCCCCCAUCUCCCUCUCCUCCAUGUCUGCAUCCCUGUCAGUGCCCCAGAUCAACCCCACCAGGACAUCCUGAGAGCAGCAGGGUGAGGCCUCCAGGACCUGCUCCUGGCCCAUCUCCAGGGUUCAGUGCUAGAGGUGCCUGCAUCCACGUGGAUUCCAAUGGCUUCUCCUUACAGUCUUUGGAAAGAAGCCCUGGCUCAUGGCAUUACCUGUCUGCUCAGGGCUUCCUCACAGCUCCAAGCUCAGGGCACUGGCAGCAUCGUGGGGACCUUGGCCAGCAGCAGGAACACCCUCAUUUCGUGCUCUUACCUCGGUGGAUGAUGAUUCUGUAGCACAACCCAGCAUUGCCCCACUCAGACAUGGAGGUAACACCAUGAUGGCAAGGCACUGCCAGGUUCCACCUUGCCUGUCCUGCCUUGCCUGCAUUUUCCAGCCCCUGAGCUACACCUCAGAGCAUCUCACACUGAGCUCUCAGGAUUUUGUAGUGUCCCAAGGCAGGGCUGUGGUGAGGGAGAUGAUGUUUUCAACACCCCCAGCCCUGAGCAGCCACUGGGGGCUGCAGCCAGGCAGGACAUGGAGAGCCUCUCACCUGGAAACCAAACCCAGACCUUGCUCAGCUCAGCAGGGACUAAAGUUUACAAUCUGUGCCACGGAGUGACUGAAGCCCCAGGUGAGAGGCAGCUUAGCCCUUUCCCAGAGCCCAGCACAAAAUCCAUGGCAGCAAAGGCAAAUACUCCCACAAACUUCUCUCCUGGCUGGGGUGGCCAGAGAUGGAGACCCUGUGCCAGGAUUUCAUCCUGAGCUGUCCCUGGCCACCAGCUUGAGGAGAACCCUUGCUGCCUGCCUGUGCUUUUGGGCUGCCCAUCACCAGCACAGCACAGCCCUCUCAGGCUUCCAAAACUCCCAACCUCCAUCCCUGCCCUGCACACUGCAGGCUGUGAGACCCCUGCCCGUGCCCACCAGCUGUGCCAGGGGGCAGAGCCACCUCUGCCUUGUGCUGUUCAGGAAAGGCUUCAAGCUCAGCCCAGCCUUUGCUUCAUUUCUGUCCUCCUGCUGCUUAUUUCACCCAGGCUGUGACCUUUAGGGUGGCUUCGAGGGAUUGGGAAAGGGUGGCAGGUCACAAACUGAAGGGGCUCAAGGAGAAAGGUGGGCAUGUUCCUCCUUUAGAAUGAAAUUUAAAGAAAUGUUCCUCCUUUAACACAUAAAACACACUUGAACACACAGUUACAGUAGCAAGGCUGGCUCUGGUACUGCUGUGAUGACUGAACCAUCCCUUCUCUUGAUUCCAAGGUGAAGCUGAGCUGUUUUGUCCCCUGGAAGCGAAGAUAAGACAUGUGUGUCUUUGCCACAGGAGGGCUGGGUGCGAUGCUUGAGCUCUGUCCUGCUUUAGUGCUCAUUUCCACUGUGUGCACUCUCCAGCAGCUCCCUGAUGUGUCAGCUCACUGGAAGGUGUGCUGUGCUCACUGUCUGGGCAGAGUCCCAUGUCCAGCCUGGCUCUGGAGCCCCUGUGCUGCUGUGACAGGAACCUCGAGCUUCCCAGCACUGGAUCCCCGCAGCGAUCGCUGCCUUAAGUCAGCUCAGCACACGGUUCUGCUGCUGCUUCCCUUCGAGGUGCUACAACUCCCUGGUGUCUGACCUGGCAGAGACCUGUGCCAGUGGCUGUGCCAACCCUUUCUCUGCUGUGUCCUUGCUCUGUCCCAGCCUUCCCUCCUCCUCGAUGCCAGUGAAUAGCAAUACCCGCAGCUCACCAGCGAUGCCACAGCCCACGGUGCUCCUGUGACCCUGCAUGGCUGGGGGGGACCUGGCUGGGGGGUCCCUCGGUGCUGGGUAACCCUUCCCUGUCUCCCCACCAGCUGCCUUUUCCCAGCUGGUCUCUGCAGAAAGGAGCUUUGAGUCCUGUGCUGCCCCUUGGUGCUGAUUAAGCCUGGAGGAGUUUGGGAUUUUGGACUCUCCUCGGGCAACAGGAGUGUGGAAGUGGUUUGGUUGAAUACUGAGCUCCCCAAACCCGUUUGAACUACAGACCUGUGGUGGGUGGGGGAAUGCAGGUGGCUGUCAAACCUGCUUCCACAGCCCCCAACUUGAAACACCCCCUCCUUCAUCUGCUCUCCAGCCUUGUCUUCCUCUGUCCAAGGUUUCCGUUCUGUUGGAUUCGGUGGUUACGAUGUGCCUUUCCUUCUCAGGACCUGUUACAAACGACCUUUCUGCUCUUGUUUAUGUUUAACAUUUAUCUUGAUCCCUCCCUCUGUCAUACUAUAAAACAUGAACAUAAUGCAUGGAAUACAAUACAAUAAAAGUGUGGCUUAACUGA